AGUAAGCAGCACAUGGACAGAAAGAACAACGUGGAUUUGUUUGUGAGAGGAAACUGAUGUUGUCUGAUUAAGCUUUAACUGUAGAUAAUUGACUUUCUAUUAUUUUAUUUAAUAUUUCAUGUAUAAACGUGGUUAGUGUUUAUAAACGCAGUAAUGCAGCUUUGUGGUGUGUGUUGUGAACACACCUCUAAAUACAAAUGUCCUGUCUGCAGAAUCAGAUACUGUUCAUUGGGUUGCUUCAAGAAACACAAAAGUGAUGACUCAUGCCAGCCAGUGCAGACCACUGAGCUCCCUACAGACAAGCAGAUUCCAGGUUCCAGUCAGAGAGCUGCUGAGGAGACAUGGGCUGUAGAUGAUCUGCUGGAUGAGGACAGCCGGUCAGACAGAGUUUCCCUGGACAAACUUCAGCAGUUAGGUGAAUCGGAGGCCCUGAUUAGUUUGCUUAGAAACCCACACCUGAGGAAUCUGAUGAUGACUGUAGAUUCAGCUGAGGACAAAGCAGGGGCCAUGAAGAAAGCCAUGCAGGAGCCGCUGUUUGUGGAGCUUGCCAACCAAUGCUUGCAAAUUAUUGAGCCAUCAGAAAGAAAUGAUGACGACGAAUGACUGAACUGAAGGAUUUUCUAUCCAGUCAUAUUCUAAUACCCGAUUACAUCACGCUUCCUUUCUACUGAUGCUGACUUCCACUCCUGACUGAGGAGAGCCGUGACUAACACACGCCCUUUCCGACAUGUGUGCAGUAGCCGACUUCAUCUUCUCCCUUGCACAGAGAGCCACGCACUGAUCCCCUUAUCCCUCCUCUUUGUUCAGGCACUAUCAAUCAGCCAGCAAACGUAGUUAUUGCAUCAGUUAUGAGGAACCCCCUCCCUAUGAACAAGCCAAUCAUUGUUUGUGUAGGCGCCCAGCCUGCCGGUAGCAGAGCUGAGAUUUAAACUCACGAGUUUGAGAUGUCAGCUCUGGUGUGCUAGUGUGUUUGACCGCCCUCGUUAAGAACUUGACUGGUGUGCUUAAAGAAUGACCCGAAUACUGACUGUUGUACAUGAAGGUGUUAAGUCGUUAAAACAUGGACUGUAGUUCAUUUCAAGGUGUUUAGGUGCUAAAUGGUUUGAUAAAUAUUGUAGGAGAAGUUCAAGAGUCCUCAUUUCCAAGGUUUUUAUUACAAGAUAUGUCGAAUAUUACCAAAUAAAAUGUCAGCUGAUUAACUGUUCACUUACAAAAUAAAUGUUUCGCGAAACAGCA